AUGGAGAUCUGCUUUCUAAUAAGAACGACUUUAGUUAUCUCUAUCACGUGGCUCUCUCUUUCUCUCUCCUGCCUCGUUCUCCCCUCUCGGUUCCCAGCUACCAUAUCACCAGCUCCACCGACGACUCUCCUGCUCCACCGGCGACUAUCCUACACCACCGAUCCUGACCGCGUCGCCCCUUCCUUCUCUGCUGUGCCCCCGAUCAAAGCGGGCACUCCCCUCUCGGUUCCCAGUCUCUCUCUCUUUCUCCUGUCUCGUUCUCCCUUCUCUCGGUUCCCAGCUACCACAUCACCAGCUCACUUUGCGGUCAAAGAGGUGGAUGUGGGACUGGUUGCGGAUCUCGGAACACUGCAGCGGCUUCCCAAGAUCGUCGGCUUCGGCAACGCCAUGGAUCUCGCGCUCACGGGGCGAAAGGUUUCCACCGGCGAGGCAAAGGCGAUGUGGCUCGUUUCCAGGGUUUUCGCCGACCCGACAAAGAUGGAUGAGGGCAUUGGCCAAGGAGCUAGCUGCGAAGCCGGCACUGACGUUGAUGGGGACGAAGGCGGUGAUAAUGAAGAGCAAAGACAUGGCGGUUGAGAAUGGGUUAGACUACGUGGCCACGUGGAAUGUCGGGAUGUUGAGGUCGCAGGAACUGGAGGAAGCUGUGCUCUCCAAGCUCCAAAAACGCAAGCCCAACUUCUCCAAGAUGUGAUGUUGCUGCUACUGCUCCUUUGCAUGGGUUUGUUCAACAUUCAUAUAUUUACAUGUAUUUAAAAAAAAAUAAAUUAAGGGGAUGGCCUUUGUAUUGAUAUUAUUACAAGAAAAUACAAGAUUGGGUGUACAAGGAGAAAUUUCAGAUGAUUUCAUGGCAUUCAGACUAACGAUAUUUGCUGUGCUGAAGUUCUGUAUCUUUUGUCUGCCUGUAAACUUUGAGCAUUAAGACAGUGUCACAGUUCCAGAUAUGCAAUAAAAUCAAACAAAAUACCAA